GCGCGGGAGCUUUCUUCACUCCCCGCGGCGUCCCGCCUUCUUCCGACUUCCAGCUCAGAAGAAGUCCCGGCUUCUUCCGACUUCCCGCUCCGGCCUCCUGACCCGAGGAAGAGGAGUCCUUCACUGCUCCUCUUCCCUCAAAUCCUGGGGUCGAAGGGGUGGAACGCCGGGACCGGAAGUGGGCCCGCUGCCGCCGGUCUCCGGUGAAUCGACGCCGGAAGUAGCUAUUGCCAGCGGGAGAUCCCGCCGAUUUCGUUAUGGCGGCGAUCCCCCCAGACUCCUGGCAGCCGCCCAACGUGUAUUUGGAGACCAGCAUGGGGGUCCUCGUGCUGGAGCUAUACUGGAAGCACGCACCCAAGACCUGUAAGAAUUUUGCUGAGUUGGCUCGCCGAGGUUACUACAAUGGCACCAAAUUCCACAGGAUCAUCAAAGACUUCAUGAUCCAGGGAGGUGACCCCACGGGGACAGGUCGAGGUGGUGCCUCUAUCUACGGCAAGCAGUUUGAAGAUGAACUUCAUCCAGACUUGAAAUUCACAGGGGCCGGAAUCCUCGCCAUGGCCAAUGCGGGGCCAGACACCAAUGGCAGCCAGUUCUUUGUGACCCUGGCUCCCACCCAGUGGCUCGACGGCAAGCACACCAUUUUUGGCCGGGUGUGCCAGGGCAUAGGAAUGGUGAAUCGAGUGGGGAUGGUGGAGACAAACUCUCAGGACCGCCCCGUGGACGACGUGAAGAUCAUCAAGGCAUACCCAUCUGGGUAGACCUGCCCCCUGCCCCUUGGGUCGUCUGAGCUGGCCCCGGGGAGCCCUCCGCCAGGGAACGUGACCUAGACUGACAUGUAGCUGUCAACUAGGGAACCCAGAGCCUUGGAUGAGUUGGAGGAGGAAAUGUACCAU